CAUAACCUGGAAUAAUAAUUAAAUUCAUAACCUUUAAUUAUUUGAAUUUACAAAAUGUUAUAAUUAAAAAUAUUUAUGUAAUUAUUAAAAAUAUUACAAUGAAUUCUCGAAAAAUUACAACUGUCAUAACAAAAGACUAUGAUACGAAAGAAUCAGACAGCAGACCAGUAAUAAAAGUUGCGGAUCGUCCAACUUUUAUAUUAAAAACACGAGAAGGUGAAAGUAGAGCAGUAUCUCCAAGUCAACGCAAUGGAGCAAAAAAGGAAACUGAUGCUUCUGCAAGUACAUCUUCAAAAACAUCCGAAACGCGAUUAUUAAUGACGUUACCCCAAGAAAUGACAAGUAGUAUAAAAUUUAUGGAUGAAAAUAUGCAACUCUACGAAAAUGUACUAGAAGAAUUAAUUGAUCAACAAGAUUUCUUGGUUGUUGGAAUAUUAGGAACUCAAGGAGUUGGAAAGUCGACAAUUUUAUCACUUCUUACUUCAAACUAUGGAUCGGAAUUAUUUCCUGUUCAAAAUUUAUCCCACCAUAAAAAUGGAUCAAAUUGUACGAGUGGAAUAGAUUUUUAUGUAACGAAAAAUCGUGUGAUUUAUUUAGAUACUCAACCAAUUCUCUCAAGCUCAGUAAUAACGUCGACAUCCUCAACAUUAGAACAUUAUGUCAACUCAGAAUAUAAUUUAGAAAUACAAUCAUUACAAUUUACUGCUUUUUUAUAUUCUGUUUGUCAUGUUAUUAUAUUUGUUCAGGAUUGGUUUGUCGAUCCCAAUUUAAUAAGAUUUAUUCAAACUGCCGAAAUGUUAAAACCAUCGUCAACAUCAAAUUUAGAUCAAGAUUACGUUGAAUAUUAUCCUCAUUUACUGUUUCUACAUAAUAAAGCAGAAAUCCAUGAUUUCAUGCCAGAUACUCUAAAGACAAUGACGAAUUUUUAUGAUAAAGUUUUUGCACGAUCUAGAUUACAAACUCACAGUGGUCUGAAUAUGAAUUCAUGCUCAACAGAUGGACAACUUAAUUUAUUUCUUAUUCCUGUAAUUAAUUCACAAAAUGAACCAAUAAGCCAUGAAAAUGAAAAAGAAUUGAUACAAAAAUUACGAAAUAAAAUUCAUGGAAUUUCACGUAAUCCUUUGACUCCAUCAGCACUAACAGAAAAAAAUUGGUAUCAUUAUGCUUCUAAAGUUGUGGAUGCCAUAAAAAAAAGUCAUCUAUCCUCAGAAUACGGAAGAUUACUUCCCUAAGAUGAUAAUUUAUAAAUAUUGCUUAUCAUUGUAAGAUAUAAAAUAAAUCAUAGGCACAUUGGCUUUAACUACAUUUAUAAUAACAGAUAUUUUAGUAUUGACAAAUAGGCAGAUAUAUAACUCAGCCAUAAGCGACUCUACCAAAAAUAAAACUAUACCCAGUCAAAGUCUGCCGCGACAUGUCUACCUAAAAAUUUCCUCCAAUAAAAUAUCUACCAUCUUGAAAUCUCUACGAAUAAAAAAAUCUACGAAUAUAAUCACUACCGAGUUGUAUUUAUGAAUAAACUCUACUAUUUGAAAUUCCUACCAUCAACUUACGGAUGUCUAUUUAAGACAAAAAUUUAUUUUAAAUUAAUUGAGAAUCUUUUGGGAAAAUUUAGGAAUAUGAUUUAAUUAUUUAGGACUAAUUAAUUAAUGAGUAAUUAUUUAAUUUUUUUGAGCGGAUAGUAAACAUGUUAGAAAAUAAAAUGAUCACAGGUUUUUGUCUGUUGAUAGUAAACUAUUUGGGAAAAAAGUUAUAAAUUGUUUUAGCUUUAGUAUCCCAAAUGCUAAUUACUCAUUAAUUAAAUGGUACCGUCACUUAUUAUCCGAAGACAAAAUAUCCGAAUACAUUUUAUCCGAUAAACAAAAUAUCUUAUAAUAUAAAUACUUUUCAUAUAAAUAGUACGGUACCCUUUCAUCAGAAAUGAUUAAUACAUUUGCACAUAAAAUUUGAGUGUGUAAUAUUAAAAAUAGAUCAACACAUAUGCUUGGAAUGGUACGGUACCCGUUAAUCGAAAACCAUUAAUUAUUUUUUGACUUUAAAUAUAUUUUUCUGAAUAAGAUUUAUCGACAGGAUAUUUUGUCAUGAAUUUUUUGUUUUUUGAAUAUUUAGUCCGGGGAUAUUUUGUCUAUCAGAUGACUUGUAUUCGGAUAUUUCAUCGCGGAUAUUUUGUCGGGGAUAUUUUAUCUGCAAACUACAAGUCGUGCUGCCAAAUUAAUUAGUCCUUAAUAAUAAAAUCAUACUCCGAAAUUUUUCCAAAUGAUUCCCAAUUAAUUACAAAUAAAUUUUAUGACAGUAAAGUUAGCGGACAUCUGACAAUUUUUAAAACUUAAAUAAUAAAUCAAAUGUUUAUAAACUAAAAAUAAAAAAAUUCAUGUUUAGAAAAUUUAAAAUUCAGUACAUGCAUUUUUUUAAAAAUUGUUUUAAUAAUUUAAUUUUUUUAAAUGUAAUAAAAAAAUUGUCGUAUGUCUGCUACAUUUGCACUCAUAUAAAUUUUUUGUCUGUUAAAUAUACAUCCGUAAGUUGAUGGUCGGAAUUUCAAAUGGUAGUUUAUUUAUAAAUGCAACUUGGGAGUUUUUUUCUGAUAAUGAUUUUAUCCUGGUAGACUUUUUCAUUGGUAGAGAUUUUAAGAUGGUAGAUAUUUUAUUGGAGGAAAUUUUUUAGGUAGACAUGUUGCGGCAGACUUUGACGGUAGAGUUUUAUUUUUGGUAGAGUCGCUUAUAACUGAGUCGUAUACCUGCUGACAAAAA